AACACCUUGUAGUGUCCAGUAUGUUGUCAGUCUGUCCGCUAUACGGACGUUUUUCCCGCGUUUAACAAAAAUGUUUGCGAUUUAAAAAAAAUAUAAAUUUUUAAUCUGUCAAUUAAGCGGGAAUUUUUAUUGUCCGUAGAACGGUUUAUUUUUUUAUUUUUUGAAUUUCGAAAAUGAAUUCUUUGUGCCGGUUACUUUUUUUUCUUUUGUGCGUUAAUUUUGUGAUACCACAAGGACCUGGCUCUGGUCAGAAUGGAAAUUUACGCCUGUGUAUAGUAGAAGGCCGGGGUCAGUACAAACGUGGCGCCAAAUACUGUCCGGUGCUGGACGAAGAGAAUUCCAAAAUCGAAUGUGUACUUGGAACUGACAGAUUGGAUUGUCUCCGGCGUAUUAGUAAGGGUACUGUUGACUUUGGAGUCUUCAGUCCUGAAGACCUGGUGGCUGCGAGAUGGGCUAACGUAGAUGUACUGGUCACGAAUGAAUUACGAGAUAGAGACAAACAAUUCGAGCGCAGUGUUGUUGCCGUAGUGAACAGGAGAAUAUUGCCGGACAGUGCCGCUCCCUUGACGUCAAUAUUGAGAAAUAGUUCUCUUUGUCAUCCUGGCGUCGGUUUGGAUGAUUUGCGACCUCUCAGUGAUACACUUUCUGGGUAUCUAGAGUCAUUGGUGUUAACAAGAUCGUGUGAUCCGAACCUCUCGCUCAGUGAGAACAGGAUAAAAGCACUAGCAGACUUCUUUAGUAGAGCUUGCAAAGCCGGCCCUUGGGUACCUGAACCUACAAGAAAUGCUGAACUAAAAAAGAAGUACCCAUCUCUUUGUGCUGCAUGUCGGUCCACUUGCUCAGAGAAUGAUCGUUAUUGGGGAGAUGGUGGUGCGCUGGCAUGUCUCUCUGAAGGUGCCGGUGACGUCAUGUGGUCUGAACUUAAUGACGUCAAAGCUUAUUUCAAGGACACUGCAACAGAUCACCUGGCGUAUCUUUGUCGUGACGGCAGUUGGCAGCCCCUCACCAACAAUACGGAUCCUUGUGUCUGGCUGAACAGACCCUGGCCGGUGAUAGUUGCUAAAAGAAAAGCGGCUGCAGCGGUGAGCGCGUUAACUCAAUCUAUAUCAUCAAGCGCUGCAGCUGUAGACCGACAUUGGAGAGGAGCGCUUGCAGCGCUACUUGAGUUACGUGCAGCGCCAAUACCGCUGUACCCGCCGCGUGCGCCGUUAGACCAUUUAGCAACAGCACGAGGCUUCAGAGAAGCAUACAGUCAGAGCGGAUGUGAUCCACCUAGGCACAUAACUUUCUGCACUAAAUCAAUAUUGGAGAAGAACAAAUGCGAAUGGUUGAGUGAAGCGAGCGCGGUGUACGGCAUCACGCCUCCCCUCCAGUGUACCAUUAGAGCGAGCACGCGAGAUUGCAUGGCCGGUGUGCGCGACGGAGACAGCGAUGUGAUGGUUGCUGAUGGCGAUUCGCUUGUUUCUGGAAUUAGUGACUACGGUCUCACCGCUGUUCUCCACGAAGCGACACCGAUAGUCGAGAAAACUCACACAGUUGUAGCUUACGUAAGGAAGGACGCCAUGUUGGAAAAGAUGACAGAUCUACGCGGGAAACGGGCUGUUUUCCCGCGCUUCGACGGCGUCGCCUGGCAUUCUGUUUCACAAUACUUCGCUGACAAAUUAAAAGUGCCUUGCGAACAUUUUAUAAGCUUUUUCAGUGAAAUUUGCGCCCCCGGUAUACAAGAACAUAAUGCUACUGCCGAAAUCGUAGAUAAAUUAACUAAAAACUGCUUGAAGGAUGAUGGUAAUGGAGAAUUAAACGCCUUGAGGAGUUUGGUUGAAGGAAAUAGUGAUGUUGCUUUUUUCAGUAUGAAUACAUAUAAUAAAUAUAAAGCAAAUAUCAUCCAUGAGCCGUGGGCGCAGAAUAUUGUUGAAUUAACACCCAUAUGCCCUGAAGAGAAUCCCAAAUACUGUUUCAUUAGUUGGUCGAAUAUCGGUCACGUUUUUGUUUCGAAGAAAAAUUCACAAAUGCGUAAACAAGAGAUCACAAAUGUGUUUACAAAACUCGACCAACUGUUUGGCAAACAUCAACCAUUCCACAGCCCUAUGUUCUCUAUGUAUGGCCAAUUUAACCAUCAAAUGGACGUCUUAUUCCACAACAACACGAAGAACCUCGCCUCAAAUGAUAUGUUAAAAUUUAACCCUUAUGACAGAAUCCCUCUUAAUUUUGAACGCACAUUGACAGAUGUCAAAAAAGACACCUGUCAAACGGCCGAUCUCAGCCCGGAUUCGAGUUUUAGAUCAGCGCCCACAAUUUUGUUGUGUGCAGUCUCUCUAGUCGUUUCUUUGUUAUUUAGAUAAGUAAAUUGCAGUUAGAUUGUGAUAAAGUCCAACUUAAAUGGUAUUAAACUUAUUCGUGUACCUUCCUACUGUGAAAUAACCUUACCUUUAUAAUUGUUAAUCAAAAUCAUCGCUAUCAUAUGCCUAUGGUAGUAAGAGGAAAUAAGAAGUAACCGAGUGACGGACAGCCUAAUUUUUUAAAUCUCCUAAUCUAUUGUGUUUGUGGAUGAAUUUUAUUAUAUUUUGAUUAAUAAAAAGAAAUUGCAACAGCUUUAAUUUUCCAUUACUGGAGCAAAUUUAUUAAAAAUAAAACAAUUUGUAUUGAAAAAUACGA